AUGUCGUCAUACGUGAAAGGAGGGGCAUGGACCAACAUAGAGGACGAAAUUUUAAAGGCAGCUGUGCAAAAGUAUGGCACUAAUCAAUGGGCCAGAGUUUCAUCAUUAUUACCCAAAAAAACUGCAACCCAAGCCAAAUCACGAUGGGUUGAGUGGUUGAAUCCUUUGAUAAACAAGACUGGAUGGACAUCCGAUCAGGAUAAAAGAUUAAUAGAACUAACUCGAUUACUACCCAAUCAAUGGAGGUCUAUCGGUUCCAUCAUUGGAAGGACGGCAACUCAAUGUGUUGAAAGGUAUCAACAGCUUAUUGAUGAAGCUUCUGGGAAUGACAGUUCUGGCGAUUUAAAGUUGUCAGGACCAGGGAUUGAGACAAUACCUGCCAUAGGACAGCCAACUGCUCAAAUCAUUGAUAAUGAUGAGUCAAAUGAUCCCAAUUUUGCUCAUGAAACACAGCCAGCACAAGCAGGAUCGGAUGAUGAUGAGAGUAUGGAGGACGAUGACAGGGAAAUGCUUGCAGAAGCCAAGGCUAGACUAUCAAAUACACAAGGUAAGAAGGCUAAAAGAAAAGCUCGUGAAAGAAUGUUGGAGGAAAGUAAAAGUCUUGCAUUAUUACAGAAGAGAAGAGAUAUGAAAGCGGCUGGACUCAACGUCAGCUUGCAUUCAAAGAAUAAACAAAGUAAGAAGGAGUUUGACUAUAACGCAGAUAUACCUCAUGAAAUUGUGCCCCCAAGUGGACCCUAUGACGUUAGUGAAGAGAAUAGGAUUAAUGAGUUGGGGUUGGAGCAAUUUCAAAGUAAGGUUGCUCAACAAGGAAUCGGCCUAAAGGAAGUCGAUGACAAGAUUGAGGCUGUGAAGGAAAAACAACGAGUUGAAAAGAAAAGGCGACGCACGAGCGAUGCAGAAAAGGAGCUGGAAGAUUCUAAUUUAGCUAGAGGAAUAGAGUUCAAGAAGCUGAAGUUUCGAGGUGAUCAGCCUGUGGCUCAAAAGACAGAAACCGAGUCUUCGCCAGUGCCAGAACCUCUAAAGAAACCCAAUAAGGCUCUUGCAUCUUUGAUGAAGUCUCUUUUUGAAAAGCUACCAGAGCCUAAACAUCAUGAAGGUAAACUCACACCUGUCUUCAAUGUAAAACAAAAUGAAUUGGAAAGCUCAGUGGUAUUGGUUCACGUGCCGGGUACUACAACUGGAGCUGCAAAUCCUCAGGUAUCACUACGGUUGGGCCAAGGAAAAUGUAAGCAGAGAAGAACUCGAGUUAUACAGAAAGGUCUUCCAAUCCCAGAUCCGCUUUUAGUAGACAGCUCUGUGAAGCUUUCUGAAGUGGAUAAAGUACAAGAAGCGGUCGCUAAAGAAUUUACUAUACUACUUGCAUCAGAUUACCGAAAGUCUAGAGAUCCCAGCUUUUCUACAUCUUUCAUGGUGGAAGUAGACGAGAAAAUUUAUGACAAAGUAAACAAAGAAAUCGAUGAUGAGUGUCAAAAGUUACGAGUAGCUAAUGAAGAAACACAACUGGGAUUGCCACCACACGAUUCACAACCGAAAUUACCUAAAGCUAGAGAGAGACUUGGUAGGAAAUCGAAGUUUCAUAAAAGCUUAAAAGGCUCACACUUGUUAGAACUUGAUGUAUCGGGCCAAGAAGCCAAUGCAGGGAACAAAGAGAUUCAAACUUCUCUAUCUGAAAAGGAUGCAUCCCCAAAAGAGUCGGAAGGUGUUCCAUUUCAAUCCAGUUGGCGUGAUGUAGAUGGAACUUUUGAAUCUGAAUCCAGAAAUUUGAAGCUUGAGGCAGACCGAAUUUUUGAUCGACUCGAACAGGUACAACAAUUAUUGUCAAAAGAAAUUUAG